AUGGGGAAGAAGCGUGCCGCAAAGGAUCGGGCCUACCUCACUGCCACUGAGUGGAAGGAGGAAUGGGGCGGGCACAAGGCUGGCCCAAGGGGGGUCCCUUUCAAGAGCUUGCCCUUCCACUGCUGCGCGAUCUCUUUCCAGCCCUUUGAGGACGCGGUGUGCACAGCCGAUGGCACAGUCUUCGACAUCGUGCAUGCAGUGCCAUACAUCCAGAAGUUCCACAAGCACCCUGUCACUGGGGAGCCCCUUGAACUCAAGGAUCUGAUCAGGCUGCACUGGCACAAGAACACGGAUGGAGAGUACGCCUGCCCAACCCUGGGCAAGGUUUUCACGCCGCACACGCACAUUGUGGCCAUCCGCACGAGCGGCAAUGUCUACUGCCACGAGGCUGUGCAAGAGCUGAACCUGAAGACCAAGAACCUGCGGGACCUGCUCACCGAUGAGCCCUUCACACGAAAAGACAUUAUCCAGAUUCAGGCAAUGCAGGAUCCACUGAAUCUUUCCGGGAAGAAUCUGGCCGAGUUUGACCAUGUGAAGAAGGAGCUGACAGUGGAGAGCGCAGAGGAGAGGGCGGCACGAGAGGCCCAGCCGAUGAACGGCAUUCGAGCGGUGGAUGAGGACACGCAACGCGUGCUUUCCAGCUUGAACACCAAGGAGGCCGAGCUCGUGUUUGAGGCAGGAGGCGGCGGCAGGAAGGCUGAGGCUGAGCGACUGCUGGCCAAGGCCCUGCAGGCUGCCACGGGGAAGGGGGACGCCUCCAACACCGCGGUCCCAACACAGCCAGGGGGGACCGACCCGCGCCUCAGGCAAGUGUCGGCUCCGCGCGCCGAGCUCAAUGUGUCCUUCAGGCCGGGCGCCAGCACGUGGAACACCGACGAGCCCGCCCCUUCCGCGCCUUCCACCUCGGGCCAGGCCGGCCAGGCCCCUGCAUUCGAUGCCAGCGCCGGCCGGCCCCUGCCCAAGCCCUACUCUGCCAAGUUCGUGGUGGGGCACAGCACGACGGGGGCCGCCUCACGCGCCUUCACCUCCACCGCCAUGACGCCAGUCACCCGCAACGAGCGCACCAUGGAGCUGAUAGAGCUGAAGCCGACGAAGAAGGGGUACAUGAGGCUGCACACCAGCCUGGGCGACCUGAACCUGGAGCUGCAUGCUGACCUGGCGCCCAAGACCUGCGAGAACUUCUUUGCCCUCCUGGAGGGGGGCUACUACACGGGCACGGCCUUCCACCGAUCCAUUAAGAACUUCAUGAUCCAGGGUGGGGACCCCACCGGGACUGGCAAGGGCGGCGAGUCGGUGUUUGGCGGAAAGUUCAAGGAUGAGCUGACCUCGGCGCUGCUGCACAGCGGGCGGGGCGUGCUGUCCAUGGCAAACUCCGGGCCAGGGACCAACGGCAGCCAGUUCUUCAUCCUGUACAAGUCGGCGCACCACCUGGACUACAAGCACACCGUGUUCGGGAGGGUAGUCGGAGGCUUUGAGACCUUGACGCUCAUGGAGAAGGUGCCCGUCGACGACGAGGACCGGCCCCUCCAGCCCAUCACGAUCACGGGAGCAUCUGUGUUCGUCAAUCCCUACAAGGAGUUGCUGGAGGAGGAUGCAAAGGCUGCCGCCGCCAAGAGCGCUACCGUGAGUAUUGAGCAGGAAGCCAAAGAGGCUGCACGGGAGACAGAAUCAGCGGCACCGAUACAGCCCUUCUUCGCCCUGCCAUCUGCCGACGAUGGCGAAGGCGGGAUGCUCCUCCACGAAUCCACGCUGUCAACGCGCAUCUGCGCAGCUUCAGCUUGCAAGAAGAAAAAUGAUCCAGGCUUCGAUUUUUUCAUCCUAAACAGUGAGGCCUUCACCUUACAUGGUCUGUGGCCAAACUAUGAGGGCGGUGGGUUCCCGGAGUAUUGCAACUGCUCCAACAUCUUCUCGGCAGCCAAACUUGGAAAAAACGUCACAGACUCCAUGGCAUGCAACUGGAUCAGCUACAAGGGAGCAAAUGCAAAGUUCUGGAAUUAUCAAUGGGAGAAGCAUGGGACUUGCUCCACCGAUGUCCUUCGAACCCAGAAGGAGUAUUUUGACAAGACACUGGAGCUGGACGAGAAGUAUGAUAUUAGCACUGCCCUGUCGAAUGCUGAAAUCGAUCCUCAGACUGACAACAGCGUGAAGAAGUCGGAUAUCGUGGAGGCUCUCACCGCUGCUUUUGGAGUAGCUCCGACCCUUAAAUGCAGAAAGAACAGGUGA